AUGUCACUCCAAGCCACUCCAGCCCGCUCAUCGCGCAUCACCAAGCCGCGGAGAAGAAGCGCAGCAGCAGCCCUAGGACUAAAGCGCAAGACCUCAUCCACACCCAAUACAGGUCCCAAGAGAUUGCCACUACCAUCUCACGACUCCACCUCCCACGAUGAUGACUACCAGCUCAACGACACAGGCGUCAUAGCCUCUCUCGCCAGCGACCUCAACUUCCGCGAUGUGCCCCAAUACGUUUCCUACAUCCAGCGCCGCAUGUUUAGCGCUGUACCAGAGAAAAGCGGCAUGAACUCUGUGCGAACAGCCCAAGUCUUGAAUUUUCGGCUGCGCCUCCCCCCGUUUGUAACGCUUGCGCAUAUCAACGCGCUGAAAAAGUACGUUUCCAGUAUGGCGGCUAAUCCAACAUCAUCAUGUAUCCCGGGGACAGCAUUCACUUCACAGGAGUUAUCCGCUCUGGUAACCACCGGCUUCUUGACUUCGGCCUCGGUCUCUAGCUCUUAUUCAUCGACAUCUUCUCUUUUCGCCUCUCCAAGCCCCACAGCCCUGGCUGCAGUCUCAACACGUGGCUUCCGCCAUGCAGCAGGGUCCCUCGAUGCUGUUGGCGGUAUACACGCUACACAGCACAUGCACGGCGGGAUCACGCUGUCUGGGUCGCGGCCAGCACUAAGAGCGCAGUAUACGUUUUCUCUGCCCAGCAUGGGCACGCAUAUCAAACUCCUCGUCGAAGCACGAAGCCAUAUUGUCGCGCUGUUGAACAAGACAAAGUACAAGGAACUGCCGCUACAUAUCCUGGCGGAGCGCUGGGACGGUGGCGUCGCAGCAGCAGCCGGGGAUGUCAAAGCUGAACGGAAGAAGCUGAGAGGAGAAUUUGCAGGCGUGCUUCCUGGGAAGACGAAGAAAUGGAAGGUUUUUUACGGGAUGCGGUUUGAAUGGGCGCUGGAAGAGUGUCUAGGCGCGGGACUGGUCGAGUUGUUUGAGACAGGGAGUGUGGGGACAGCAGCCCGUCUUGUAUCGUGAUAUUGCCGUGUCUGGGAAUCCUCAUGAGACUCUCUUCUUCCAGGCCCUCUCACCCAAUACCAUCAAGCCCGCUUGCUCAACACAUGAUGAACAGAUUCAUCACGUCCAAGCCAGAAUAAAAAGUAACAUGACC